AUGUGCAAGUUACUCCGCCCGCCCUCCUCCAGUCUCCAUCAAACUACACAACUUCCAAGGUUGCGGGGGCAGGGCUUCUUCCCACAUCGAACUGCGCGUGAUAACAAUCCGCACUCCUCUAAUCCAACCUCUCCGAUCAUUUCCUUCCAUCAUUCCCCCACCGUCACCCUGGAGGCUGCUUCCGCACGCAUGGCGGCUAGGGACCGCUUUGGUGCCUAUGCUGAGCCGGGGCUAUCACCGCUACAGCGGGCAAUUCGGAAUGCAUGUGAUCCACAAAACUACGAGCCCAAUCUGGCCCUGAACCUCGAAGUCGCGGACCUGAUCAACUCCAAGAAAGGCAACGCACCUCGAGAAUCCGCCGUCGAAAUUGUCCACCUUAUCAAUGCUCGGAACCAGAAUGUCGCGUUGUUGGCUUUGGCGCUCCUCGACAUCUGUGUGAAGAACUGCGGAUAUCCCUUCCAUCUCCAGAUCAGCACAAAAGAGUUUCUGAAUGAAUUGGUCCGGAGGUUCCCCGAGCGGCCGCCUAUGCGCCCCUCACGGGUCCAGCAUCGCAUCUUGGAGUCGAUCGAAGAGUGGCGACAAACCAUCUGCCAAACUUCGCGUUACAAAGAGGACCUGGGGUUCAUUCGGGAUAUGCACCGCCUUCUUCUCUACAAGGGCUACGCAUUCCCGGAGGUUCGCCGUGAAGACGCAGCGGUGCUGAACCCGAGUGACAACCUCCGCUCGGCCGAGGAGAUGGAGGAGGAGGAAAAGGAAGCGCAAUCUGCAAAGCUUCAGGAGCUGAUCCGGAGAGGCACGCCCGCAGAUCUGCAAGAAGCCAAUCGGCUCAUGAAGGUUAUGGCCGGAUAUGACAAUCGGCAUAAGACCGACUACCGAGCAAAGGCUGCAGAGGAAGUCGCCAAGGUGCAACAAAAGGCUAAGAUCUUGGAGGAGAUGCUGCAGAGUUCGCAGCCUGGAGAGAGUGUUCCUGAAGGCGAUGUCUUUGAGGAGCUUGCAAAUGCUCUGCAAAGUGCCCACCCCAAGAUCCAGAGGAUGUGCGAGGAGGAAUCCGAAGAUCCGGAGGCUGUUCACAAGCUGCUGGAAAUCAACGACAGCAUACACCGCACCAUUGAGAGGUACAAGCUGGUUCGCAAGGGUGAUUUCGAUGCGGCAUCGAGAAUUCCGAAGGGAACGCUGGGCACCACGACCGGGGUGUCGAAGAAUGCGAACAAUGAGCUCUCAUUGAUCGACUUUGACCCCGAGCCAGCAGCCAGCCCGAAUGGCAAUGCCCCCGAAUCAUCAUCGCAGGGCGGUAGUGCGUUGGAUAACGACCUUCUCGGGCUCUCCCUUGGUGAAGAGGGUCCAGCUCCUGGUGGUGGAAUCUCUCUGGGAGCUUCCAGUAUGGGUUUCCCUCCUCUGCAAACUGGCCCAUCCCCGCCUGCGGCAUCUUCCCAACCUCCGCAACAAGCACCUGCUGCGUUCAAGCCCAACUACGACAUCCUCGCUUCCAUGACCUCCUCACGGCCUAACUCCCAGUCGUCGACUCCAGCCCCGGGAGCCUCUUCCCAACCCUCGCCCGACAUCCGGAGCCUUCCAACCGCCCGCUCCGCAAGGCCAAGCCGCGUCCGCUCCGUACUCGUCCUUAUUGGACUUGGCGGGGGCGCCAGUCCAUCUCUGCAGGCAACGGGACAGGCAGUUGCAGCCGAAGAUGACGAGUGGAACUUUGCGUCUUCGCUACCGCCAAGCAAUGCUUUGCCGACGACGAACAAAGUGCAGGUGCUAAACUCGCAGCUUCGUAUCGACUUCGUCGCCCGCCGGGUGCCAAACUCGCCACGCCAAAUCUACAUCCAAGCUGUCUUUUCCAACACGACCACCCAACCCAUUGGAGAGCUGCACUUCCAAGUCGCCGUUGAAAAGUCAUACACCCUACAGCUCCGCCCGCAGUCCGGCCGAGAUGUUGCUCCACAGCAGCAGUAUGGCGUCAAGCAGGAGAUGGUUCUAGAUGGCAUCGACAAUGGAAAGGGCAGCUCGGUGAAAAUCCGCUACAAGGUUUCCUAUAAGUUGGGUGCCGAGGCUCGAAUGGAGCAAGGCAUGGUGCCGCCGCUCGGGAUCUCCUAG